AUGACCCUUGCCAUUGAGACAUCAUGCGAUGAUACUUCGGUGGCUAUAAUUGAAAAAGGAAACCACCAUGGCCACGUGACAGCAAAACUGCAUUUCCACGAUAAAGUCACGUCCAACAACUCAGUAUACCAAGGCGUGCAUCCCCUCAUAUCGCUUCAAUCUCACCAGGAGAGCCUUGCGACACUUGUGCAUGAAGCCAUGCGCCAUCUCCCAAUGCGCAAUGGGUCUGUUCUUCCGAAUGCAGGGUCAACGCAGUCAGGCCAAGUAGACGUUGCAACGAGAAGACUGCCCGACUUCAUUUCCGUUACACGUGGGCCUGGUAUGCGUAGUAAUCUGUUCACGGGCCUCGACACCGCAAAGGGCCUUGCUGUAGCAUGGCAGAAACCUCUCGUUGGUGUUCACCACAUGCAAGCACAUGCUCUCACGCCGCGAAUGGUGAGCGCUCUUGAAUCCUGUGCCCAUCCAUCGCCUGAGCCUGCGCCCAAGUUUCCGUUCCUGUCAGUGCUAGCAUCUGGUGGCCACACGUUACUCAUCCACUCUGCUUCUUUGACACACCACCAUGUAUUGGGGUCGACAAAUGACAUUGCUAUUGGAGAAUGCUUGGACAAGAUUGCUCGUGUCGUCUUGCCUGCACAGUUGCUGCAAACAACCAAGAGCACCAUGUAUGGAGCACUCCUUGAAGCAUUUGCAUUUCCUAAUUCAGGUCUGGAAGGCCAAACAACUUUGACCUCACCAUCUGCGCAGUCCAUAUACUCCGCUGAAAGUUAUUUGAGUACGCAUGGUCAUCGGUAUGAAUGGUAUGCAGUCCCGACAAAUCACGAAGAUGCAAUCCGGAGAAACACUACUAAAUGGGGUUGGGCUCUCAACAAGCCACUGACUAAAUCCGGUGGGGGCGUCAAGAUUAAUAGCCUUGAGAUGAGCUUUUCCGGCAUUACCACAAUGGUCGAGCGCAUCAUACGAUAUGGCAUGGACCCUAAUACGAGGAAAUUCAACAAGGUUGAGCGAGCAGCUACUGAGGUUGAAAUCGAAGAGAGAAUGGAUCUGGCAAGAGAAACUAUGCGCGCAGUUUUCGAGCACUUAGCUUCACGAGUGGUGUUAGGCCUGCAAUCCCAGCGAGAUGUCACCACAUCAAAGCCUGCCCUCGUCAUGGCUGGAGGUGUCGCUGCAAACUCCCUUCUUCGACACAUACUUGCAUGUACCCUUUGUGCUCACGGAUUUCCAGAUGUUGAGCUGUACUUUCCUCCUCCCAAAUUUUGCACCGACAAUGCUGCCAUGAUUGGAUGGGCCGGGCUCGAGAUGUUCGAAGCGGGAUACAUCGACCCACUAAGCAUUCGCGCCAUACGAAAAUGGCCACUGGACAAACUUCUAGAUCCCCCAGAAGACGGAUGA